AUGGCGGCGUCGGCCGCAUCAUCCAAGGACCGGCAAUUCCUCGCCGUUAUUGGCGAUGAAGACUCUGUCACCGGUCUUUUGCUCGCAGGUAUCGGGCAUGUCAGCGACGGACCAGAUGCGGAUAAGAACUUCCUGGUCGUCGACUCAACGACUGAAACAUCAAAGAUCGAGGAACAUUUCCAGAAGUUCACACAGGACCGAAAGGACAUUGCUGUCUUGUUGAUCAACCAGCAUAUCGCCGAGCGCAUUCGUCACCGGGUUGAUGCCUUCACCGAUCCUUUCCCCGCCAUCCUCGAAAUCCCCAGCAAGGACCACCCUUACGACCCCGAGAAGGACAGCGUUCUCAAGCGCGUGCGCCGCCUGUUCGGAGAGUAG